UAUGGCGGGUAGGGUAUAGCUUAUCAACGAGGCUUAGCUAAAAAAUACUUUCCAAAAAAAAAAUCGCAACUUCUGUAAUGAUUCGGGAAGACAGAUUGUUUACAGUAUGAGCUUGUGAGUUUGUGGACAAUUCAUGGACUACACUACAUGUCUGCAGCAAAGGAAGAAACGGUCUCUUGAAAGUGGGAAAAUAAGCAUGGCAGGAAAGAACAACCAGAAGUUUAAAGGCUUGGGGCAGAAAACAGGGCGGGAUAAGAAUCGUUUUACCCUGUUCAGCAAACUGUUAGCUACCAAUGAAAAGUUCCCAACAAAACAUAUCUAUGGAGAAAUGAAGAUCAGGGAGUUGAAGCGCAAUCUGGAGUUCACCAUUGGAAUCCCUCAAAACCUUCAAAGAAUUAGCUAUUUGGAUGAAGGAGACUUACUAGACCACACAGAUAUCAAAUCCAAUGACAUUGUCCCAGGUGGCACCUUACAAAUCAGAGUUUGGCCCAUGUGGAUUGACCUGAUAGAGGCUGUGGCUUCAAAUGACAUUGACAAGGUGUUUAAGCUUGGUGUCACACAAGACACAGAUUACAAGACCCCCAACAGUGAAUACAUGCCAAAGAGAGCCAAGGCGGGAUGGCUGGCUGAGCGAGCCUUUGUGGCCCUCUGUGUGGCUGCUCAUAGAGGACACUCAGAACUGGUCAACAGGCUUAUCCGAUCAGGAGCCAAUUUGAAUUCUUCCACACCCAAUGGACGGACGCCCUUACACUUGGCAGCUUCCCAGGGCCAUGGACAGAUUAUUGACAGCUUGCUACAGAAUGGUGCUGACAUUGAUGCUGUUGAUGACUCUGGGAUGACAGCCCUGAUGGUUGCAGAACAGUUCAAACACAAAGCUUGUGGAAGGCAUCUCUUCCUCUUCCGCUGGCAACAGCGUGCCAAGAAAAUGCAGCCCAGCAUGGAAAUACCGCUCAUGGCCCAUCAAAUGUGCGAUUCUGCCUACCCCGUGUGGCGCAGUGGCAAGCGCUGUCAGUUGUAUAUGACAAAAUUACCUCCCCCUGGUGAGUUUGAAGGCACUCGCAUCGACUCCAGACCAUAUCAGCCUUUCUCUGAGAAGUCAUUCAGAAAGAGAUUUGGAUCCCCGCCAAAUUUGCAGAUGAUUCAGACAACACAUCAUGGCAGCAGGCUGGGAUCACAGCCACUGCCAGAUAUUGGAGAAGGACUUGGAGAUUUUGGCAUAACUACCCUGGGUCCCUUACCACCAAGUUAUGAUGAGUGGAUCAACAAGUUACAUGAAAAAGAGCGGAAAAUAUUUUUACAGAAGAAGAGAGAAGAAGAAAGACUUAGACAAGAGGAAGAAGACAGGCAACUCGACACCGGCAGGAAACGUGCGGAGUCUGAGAAGAACCAGUCAUACGAGUCCUGGCUUUUACAACAGGAAAUGGACAAAAAUCAAGAGAACAGACCAACAGAGAUAGAUCCAGCUGCCCGAGUCCUGGCUUCAAGGACAGGCUAUACACGUGAGGCUUCACAGAAGAAGGGAGCACUGAGAGAGUACCUGGAGUCCUUAGCUGACCGGAGGGGAGCAACCACAUACUCCGACUGGUUGAUCAAGAAGGAAAUAGAAAUGCUGGACAGUGUAAAAGUUAGACCUGUUCUUAAAACAAAUAACCUGCACUUUUCAUGGGUGUGAUCAGCAAAAUAUUACACUCUAGAUCUUCAUGUGAAUACUUUUCAAAAUUAGGCAGUCUCUCAUUUUUAGAAGGGAAAAUGUGAAAAAGACCAAAUCAGUGUGUUGAUGUCUUAUUUGGUUCCCUGUACGAAAGAUAAAACAUUAUUUGAUAGCCAUAUAGGCAUCACUUGUUCAUUAUACCAACUUAAUGGUCAGCUGCUCAUAUUGACCAUGAUUUGUGAUAUCUGAUGAAAUAUAAACUGUUCAGAACAUGUUUGAAACCUGUUUACAGUUUUUUGUCUGUAUAUUUAUAUUAUAUGAAAUGUGUUUUACAUUAUAUCUUUAAAUGAGUUUCAUUUUAAUUCACUUAAGCAUUAUGUUCGUUUAUGCAUUUUAAUAACCAACCCUUUACUAUUUUACCAAACUGAUGAUCUGUGAUGCCAAAUUCAGGGGUACAGUGUGGUUUUAAAAACGCCACACAAGUAGUUUUUAGUGGUGACUCUACCAGAAAAUUCCUUUGCUACUCAGUUCCAUUUGUUGCGGAUAAAUGUUUAUGAAGUGAGUAUGCCCACUUGUGCUGACAGUCCUUAGAAAAAGGCCUCUGUUAACAGUGUGAACCCAACAAGUGGAGCACAAUACAUUUUGUUUCUGUAUCUGAAACAUUAAUGCCGUCUGACAUAUUAUAAUAGAACUUUAAUAGAACUUUCUUGAUUAGUUAAGGUUUUGUAAAUUUUAUUCAUGUUGUAUACAUAUUUUGAUUAUGUAAUGUUGUCAGUGUUGUAUUUACUUUUAUACAUGUUAUAAGACAUAAAAGUGCUUGUUAGCUAUAAACUGAUGUCUGUUAGUUGUUCUCUAGGAUAAGGGAUCAACAGGUACUGGGAUCAUGGUAUUAUCAGAACAUACCACUUGUUUUCUUUGAAGGUGCAGAUAACCUUUUCUUGUUUUCUUGGUGAAGACUGCUGAAAUAUUAUCUCCAUCAAAUUGGAGAACUGUUACUACAUGUAUAUGUGAAUUGAAUUUAUUAAACAGUGAAUUAA